AUGAAAACAGUGUAUGUGUCCUUGGUGAGAUCUGUAUUGGAGUUUGGCAGUGUAGUGUGGUCACCUUAUCAACUAGGUCAGAUUCAAAGACUGCAACGAAUUCAGGAUAGGUUUGUGCGUGUGGUCGGGGUCAGAUUGGGUUUCGAGUAUUUGGAUGUGCCGGUGCGUGCUGUGGAAGAGUUUCUGGGCCUGAAUCCUCUCAUUGUGAGAAGGCAGUUGCACGACCUGACAUUUCUUCAGAGGGUGCUUGUUGGUGAUCUGGACUGUCCUGCCUUGCUUCGUUUGAUCAACAUCAGAGUUCCCGGCCGGACUCGCUCCGCGGACUUCUUCUGCCGUCCCUCAUGUUCUACCAACCAUGAAUUGAACAGCGUCAUCCCUCGUCUGCACAGGCUUGGAAAUCUGGUCUCCGCGAACUAUGAUUUCUUCUACGACAGCACCUCUAGUCUGAGGACUUUAUUUCCUAUCCUUAGAGCACUGACUUCCGAAAUCUAUAACCAAUAG